GUAGCUGCCCACUUACCUCGAAAAGCAGAGUGAGCAGGAGAGCUAGUUUCAAAGAAGGCCUCUUUUCCACCAUUUUUAUCUUUUUUUUUUGUAAACCAAGACUCCUUUUUUCUUCUCUCAUUUUACUCUUUCGGCCUGGAAGGAGACCCUUCUCCCCUAAAUCCUCGCAUAAUGUGAGGUUGGUUUCCUGCAAUAAUCCCAUUAGACAAGUCUCCAGUGGAAAAAGCUCAGAUUUUUGGGGUAUCAAGUGUUCCCAAAGCGAUCCACUGUCUUAGAUCCCUAAAUCUAUGGCCUUUUGAAGAACAUCUCAUUCUUUUCCCUCUCCAACAAGGCAAGAAGGUUUCAUUCAGAGAAGCAAAAGGCUAUCUUUUUAAGAUAAUAAACGGCCAGGUUUUAUUUGUUCUGGUAGGGCGAAAAAAAAGUAUUUUGCCUUCUUUUUGCGGAAGUUUAGAGCGUUUUAAUCUUAAAAUAGGAAAAGGGUUCUGCUUUGAGAUCACUGGCCUUUGAUCUGCAUCGACAAGAGGCCCUCCCCCCCCCCCCCCCCCCCCCCCCCCCCCAAAAAAAAGGGAUUUUUUCUCAAAAUCUGAUCUUUUUGUCCUCUCAAAGAGAUCUUCCCAAGAUAAAAUUCAGUUCUUGCAAAGGUUUGUGGGAUUUGAGGGCGGAAAAAAAUGAUUCAGCUUCUGUUUCUGGUGCUUUUUGCGGAGGGUGCCGUGACACUUCUUCUGAUGGUGAAGAUUGGGCCGCUGCGAGAGCUGGUGAUGAGGGGUUUGGAUCAGCUUAAGACGGGGAAGGGACCGGCAACGGUGAAGACUUUGGCGUGCACGUUGUCGGUGCUCCUGGCGUCGAGCAUCACCAGCAUUCUCAAGAUCCAGAACAGAGGCGUGAAGCUUGGGACUGUCACUCCAAUGGACCAGGUCCUUUGGAGGACCCACCUCCUUGAGGCCUCGCUUAUAGGCUACACACUUUUCCUUGGAUUGGUGAUUGAUCGCUUGCACCACUACCUCCGGAAGAUGGUUUCUUUGAAGAAAACAGUUGGUACCUCCAAAGAGGAAGUUGAGAAACUUAAAAAGGAGCACCAUUAUUUCAAAGACAAGGAAGAUAAAGUUUCCAGCGAGAUACAUAAACUCCAGGGAGAAGUAGGUAGUUUAACUGAAAAGUUGCAGAAGCUGAAGACAGAGUGUGAACAGCAGGAGAAACGGGCAGUGUCUGCUGAGGCUCAUGUUGUUUCCCUUCAAAAACAGUCAGAAGAGCUGCUACUCGAAUAUGACCGGUUGUUGGAGGACAACCAAAUCCUCCAAGGCCAACUUCUAUCAUACAGAGGCUGAGAGCCUGAGGAAGACGAGUUAUCCUGGAAUCUGUCUGCGAUGUGUGUGCAUGUAAAUGAAGUAAGUGGAGAGAAGGAAGCGAUAGAUAUUUCUUGCGGGUCCUGAUAACUUGAUCCUACUCUCCUGGAUUUUGUCCAAAUCAUGUCAAGUUGUCAAAUUCCCAUAGCAUCUAAACCUUUUUUUGUGGUUAAACUGAAGCGGGUUGCAAGAGAUUGGACUACUAAUGGUUGUGCUCUUGCAGGUGUUUUUAGAAGGCUUUCGUUUUGCUUUUAUGGGGAGAGUUUCAUGGAACCUAAGUGCUGUUGUUGUAUUGGUUUUGAUUUAUUCGAGGACAACCUUUAUGCCUAACCCUCCAAAGGUAUUAGUUGAGGAUCAAGUGAUUAAUCAUAUUGCAAUCGACGACUCUUUAUAGAAAUGCAUUAUUUUGUGCGACA